AUGGGUGUCACCGGUCUCUGGACCGUAGUGCAGCCUUGUGCUAGACCCAUCAAACUCGAAACCCUCAACCGGAAACGACUCGCCGUCGACGCGUCGAUCUGGAUCUAUCAGUUCCUCAAAGCAGUGCGCGAUAAAGAGGGAAAUGCCCUACGAAAUUCACACGUGGUCGGCUUCUUCCGGAGGAUAUGCAAGCUGCUUUACUUCGGCAUCAAACCCGUUUUCAUCUUCGAUGGCGGCGCUCCAGUCCUGAAGCGACAGACCAUCGCAGGUCGAAAGAAGAGGAGGGAGGGCCGACGUGAAGAUGCUACCCGUACAGCUGGAAAGCUACUUGCCGUACAAAUGCAACGGAUUGCCGAAGAUGAAGCAGAGACGCGACGUCGGGAAAAGAAACGACGUCAGGAAGAGGAAGAGCAGGUGACCGAAACACCGGUCUACGCCGAUGAAGUUUUGAUGAGUGAGAAGGAGCGACAGCAGGCUCGCAGAUUCAAGAAGAAGGAUGCUUAUCAUUUACCGAAUCUCGAGGUUUCUCUGGAAGAGAUGGGUGCUCCUAAUGACCCCCGCAUUAUGUCCCAAGAAGAGCUGGAGGAAUACGCGCGCCAGUUCCACCAGGGUCAAGAUAUCAAUCUUUACGACUUUUCUAAAAUCGACUUUGACGGUCCCUUCUUUCUCAGUCUUCCAGCUACGGAUCGCUAUAAUAUUUUAAACGCUGCCAGGCUCCGGAGUCGACUGCGAAUGGGUUAUUCGAAGGAGCAACUUGACGUCAUGUUCCCCAACCGCAUGGACUUUUCGAAAUUUCAAAUUGAUCGAGUCAAAGAGCGAAACGAUCUUACGCAACGACUGAUGAAUAUAAACGGAAUGAAUGGUGAGGAGGCAUUCUUCAACUCUGGUCAACGCAUUGCGGGAGAACGAGGCAAAGAAUAUGUCUUGGUUAAGGACAGCCAGCAUGAAGGUGGCUGGGUGCUUGGUGUGGUCGGAAACAAAGACGAAGGAAACGAAGAGAAACCGAUUGAUGUCGAUCGGUAUGGGCAACCCGAGUAUCCGUCAGGAUCUGAAGACAUGUCAUCCGAAGAGGAUUUUGAAGACGUCCCCAUCGAGGGCCUCAACAGACUCCCAAAGCUCCCUUUCCUUGAGAACGGCGUCUUUGACGAGUCUCUUGAGAGAUUCCAGGAAGACUCCAACUUACAGAGGGCAUUGUUCGAAUCACAAAAAGCCGCAGCGAUGAAACACAACGCGCAAGCCGAAGAUGAUGCACUUUUUGUUCAGAGCGACAACAAUGUUCUUCUGCCAAGACAGAAUCAGGACGCUGGUCUAUUCGAUGAAGUCGAAGACGAUGAUCUUGAAAAAGCGAUAGCGCUGUCGUUACAGCCAGAUGGAGAUCACGAACAUGGCGAAGAUGUGCCCGAUAUUCCCAUCAAUCGACCGAAGACCACUGUCGCGCCGCCUCCUGUGCCCGUAAUUGAUCUUCCCGCUGAAAGCGAAGAGGAUUCUGAUGAAAUGGACUUUUCAGCUGCCAUGACACAGACCAAGGUUGCUAAGAACAAGCCACGGCCAGCUAACCCCUUCAGCGGUCCUCUACCAUUCGAGUCUAUCCAGCUUAACAAAAUCUCCAAGCCUGACGAUCAGUCUAAGAAACUCGAUGAGAAUGCGGGCGGCUUCGUCAAGGAGUCUAGUAAAGAGAAGAAGAAAGGGGAACCGCUUCCCCCAUGGUUCGUCGGCGAACACACAAAUGAGGAAUUCAUUGUUGAUCGCACGCCCGAUAAUUGUAUAACCCAAGAUGCAAAGAACCAAGACGAGCCCAACAUCCUCUUCAGCCGUCGAUCUCCGGAAAUCGUCAAUGUCGAUGAGCUACCUGAUACGAAGGAAGUCGUUGCAAUCGAUGAUGAACCAGAAAAGCAGGAGAAGCCUCAGAUCGACACACAUGUGGAGAUACCUCCAGUCGAAAUCGAGACCACCGAGAACAACCAGCAGGACUCUGUCUCCGCACUAUUGGACGUUGAGAAGGCCGAGGCCGAUCCUUUGGAUAAACCCGAGGUUCCUGAAGCUCCGGCUGCGGCAAUCGUUGAAGAGACCGCUUAUGAUAAGGAUGAAGAGCAAGAGCCUCUAGUUCAGGGACAGGCCGUUCCUGCCGAGUUCUCCCCUGAACCACAAUCUUCGCCCGAACCUGAUUUUGAAGAUGUGUUGACCGAAGCACCAGCACCAGCACCGGCUCCGGCCCCAGAUCCGUUACCAGUCGAGGCCGACAACAUUACAGUGGUCGCUCAUCAAAACAUCGAGCCAGGAGCAGAGGCAGCUCCGCCUAUGGAAUAUUUUGUGGAAGAUGAAGGCGAAUUCAGCGACCCGGAAGAUGAGGAUCUGAUGCGACAGCUCGCCGCUGAGGGGGAAGAGUAUGUCCGGUUUGCUCAAUCCCUCAACGCGGCCGCUCCUGCCAACAAGGAUGCCUUUGACUACGAGCAAGAGCUCAAGCAGCUCCGCAGCCAGCACCGCAAGGACCAGCGAGAUGCCGACGAGGUUACUCAGAUUAUGAUCAAUGAAUGCCAGGAACUCCUGCGACUCUUUGGACUGCCGUACGUCACCGCGCCGAUGGAGGCCGAAGCACAAUGUGCGAAGCUCGUCGAGCUCGGUCUCGUGGAUGGCAUUGUCACGGAUGAUAGCGAUGUGUUCCUGUUCGGCGGCACUCGCGUCUACAAAAAUAUGUUCAACCAAGCCAAGUUUGUGGAAUGCUACAUGUCCUCACAACUGGAGAAGGAGCUCUCUCUUCCCCGACAUAAGCUGAUCAACUUUGCUCACCUCCUGGGCAGUGACUACACGGAGGGCAUCCCGGGCAUUGGCCCCGUCACUGCGAAGGACAUUCUCACCGAGUUUUCCGAUCUACAAGAGUUCCGCGACUGGUGGACACAAGUCCAGAUGGGCGUGAACAGACCGGACGACGCCCACUCCGCCUUCCGGAAGAAAUUCCGCAAGAAGGCGUCAAAGAUCUUCCUUCCGCCUGUCUUCCCUGACCAACGUGUGGACGAAGCCUACCUGGAGCCCGAAGUCGAUGCCGAUCCUUCGCAAUUCCAGUGGGGAGAGGUCGACAUGGACGGGCUGCGACGGUUUCUCAUGAGCACUAUCGGCUGGAGUCCCGAGCGUACGGACGAGGUGUUGUUGCCGGUGAUUCGCGACCGCAAUCGGCGACAACAGGAAGGCACGCAAUCGAAUAUCACGCAGUUUAUGUCUGGAACGCAGGGCGUUGGCGCCUUUGCGCCUCUAGUGCGUGGCAGCGGACCUACUAGUCGUCGAGGAAGGGGGCAAGGACGGGCUCAAAAAGACACGAGGGCGCCGACCGGGCGGCGAGGGACGAGUUCGAGCCAGGAUCACGACCACGAUCACGGCCACAACCAGGAGCAGAGCCAGAUGUCGGCGGUGCCUGGUGCAACGGGCAAGCGGGGCCAGUCCACGGCUGGUGGCGGACGGAAGAAGCAGAAAACGUAG